AUGUCGUCCUUUACUCCCGUCUCCACCACGAAGGCUUACAAGCCCCUAUCUCAAUACUCACAGGCAGUGAAGUACUAUGGCAGCGUCCAUACUGCCGGCACGAUCGGAUUUGUGCCGGAGACGUGGGCGAUGGUCGAGGGUGGAGUGAAAGAGCAGACGCGCCAAGCCCUGCUCAACAUCAGAGCCAUCCUCGAGGAGGCCGGCAGCUCGAUGGCCCACAUCUACAAGGCCAAUGUGUCGAUCAUGAAGAUGAGCGAUUUCGCGGCCAUGAACGAGGCCUGGGACGAGGUGUUCACGAGCGAGGCCAAGCCGAGCAGGGCAUGUGUUGCCGUAUAUCAGCUGCCCAUGGGCGCGCUGGUGCUGAUUGAGUGCUCUGCGGCAUUGAAGUAG